CAAAAAUCUACGCUUUUUGCUGUCGUUUUAAAACGCUAAAAAGUCAUAUAUUCCACUUAUAGUUUUAGAGAUUUGCUAAAGAUAAAGUUUGCAGCCAUGUCUAAUGAUGAAACAGACAAAGAAAGUGAAUCUGGAGGUUGGAACAUGUUUGGAUCUCCAGUGGACUUUUCAUUUAGGGAGCUCAACACAGUUUCAGACAUGCUCUCUGAUGAGCCUAAUCCAGGCACUCGUCCACUAAAGCGUGACUCAGAGCAGAAGAUCCUCAGCGCAACGCUCAGACUCAACAACAACUUCCUCUCAGACUUGACUGGACUGAUGGACACACUCUCCGCUCUUUACGCUGAGCCGAUGAGUCUGGCCUGGCUCGACCUCUCCUUCAACGAGUUUCAACACAUCCACCCAGUUCUCACUCAACUUAAAGAGUUACGCUUGUUGUAUCUGCAUGGAAACCGUAUUUGUAAGUUGUCAGAAGUGGAUAAACUUGCUGCGUUGCCGUUUCUCCACACCAUCACUCUGCAUGGCAACCCCAUAGUGACCGAGCGUGACUACAGGGCGCAUUUGAUCGCCACCCUUCCUCGUGUGAAGAUGAUUGAUUUCAGCGCUGUCACCAAACAGGAACGAGAGUUGACUUCAGUUUGGCAGAGGAGCAGAAAUCCAUGCAAAUCCAUCGGUCACAGCAAAGUGGACUGAACCUUCUCCACCCGACAUCCUGAUACGUCUAAUAAACAUAAACAGCUACAGUUUGAUCUGCUACAGUGAGGUGAAUUUAAAAACUGUAAGAAAGUUAUAGACCUAGAGUUACUUGAGUGUUUCUUCAUUAGUAGUUGAUGAAGCCACAUGAGUAAGUGGUGAAACAUCUUAAGCAACUGAGUAACGUCCAUUUCACUAGAAAAUCUUUAAAGCCACGGCACAAAGUUUCUUUGAGAAUUGCAGUAAGCAAUUCAAGAAUGGAUGAACAAAGCAUUCUCAUUGUACACCAAUGUAUGUCUGCUAGACAAAAUAAAAAAAUAAAAAACACAAUUUUGAAAGUC